AUGGCGGCUGCAACACGUAUAAUCGAAGUCUCGACGCCGGCUAUUGAUUCCUUGAUGAUCCCCUUUUGCUGCGCAACGUCCACCCCCAAAGUUAUGCAAGAAACCAUCCACAAUCUGACCCGCGAGGUCAUUACAGCUGCUAAAAUCUUCGACAAAAGCCUUACCCAUGUCACAAUGAUACCAAUCCUGCGCGGAGCACUGCCCAUGUUUAUUGCUGCGCAGCCUCUGUUUGCGUCCACCUCAUGCAUCCUCGUGCGAUGUAGCAAGAAGAAAGGUUCCAAGGACGUGGUCGUUGAAUGGCAGGGCCGAAGGCCGUUCCCUCUAGAAGAUGGCGACGGGAAGAUUGUCAUUUUAGACACUAUCAUUGCUACGGGAGAUACGAUUAUCAAACUCUGUGAAGAUCUCUGGGUGAUGUCUGGUGCGCGAAUGGAGCAGUCAGUAGUUGUCAUGUGUUGCUAUGCGGCUCCCAAGGCUUUGGAGCGGAUCUCAAAUCACCCAAUCGUGCAUUAUGUAGUUGUUGCGAAGAAGGCGGAGGGAUGUGACGAAGGGGGAUACCUUAUUCCUUAUACUCAUGGGGAUAUUGGUGACAAGGUAUAUGGCAAGGCGAGGGGUUGGGAGCCGGUGGCAGUCAUUGCAGACGGGCAGGACACGCAGACUAUGCUAAAUGAGGUGAUGGAUUUACUCAUUAAAAAUGGCGGACUAUGGGAGCUUACCCCUGAUGGAACUGGCAUUGAACGCAGCAUUAAAUUUCCAACGUUUAAGAUGGCUUGGGCAAGUGAGAUACCGGAUGAGAUUUACAGGAUAUCCUUUGCUAACUAUAUGAAGGCCUUCAUGGAACGUGUUGCGGCUGCAGCAGCUACAUAUCGACAUCAUCCAGAAUGGACAAAUGUCUACAAUAAAGUCUCUAUUCGCUGGACGACACACCAGCCAAAGGGCCUUACAGAAUUAGAUGUGAAGCUGGCUAAGCUAUGUGAUGAUUACACUAAAAUCUAA